AUGCCACACAACCGUGUCGGUGCGACAAUGAGCGGUAUUUUUGGUCAGGGUAAUGCAUCUCCCGGAUCCUAUGAGGUGGAUAUUAAAGAUAAUGUUCGAACAAAACCAACCAGUAUCAAGGGAUACAGUCUGGGUGCACGGACUGCACAGCGUCAAGGCAUUGCAAUCACAGGCGUAGUCUCUCCGGGACCGGCUGCGUAUGAACAAAUAUUGGCGAAUAAAAAGUCAUCCAAAUGCAACUAUAAACCGUUCAAUCAAUCAUCCGACCGAUUUCCAGAGCCCCCCAAGAGUGUUGGUGAGGUAGCUGGGCCCAAACCAAAACCUCAGGCGUUUUUACUGCGAAUCUAA